GCUGAAACGCGCAUUCAGGAUGCACAAAGGAAUCACCACAGGACGACAAAGGAAUCACCACCGGGCGGCCAGAAUCACCGUGCAGCCUGGCCUUAGGAAAUCACUUCCAUUGUGACCAGAAGCAGAUCCGGAAUGGCUACCGUGGUUCCAAUCUCCAAGAGCCCUCUUCCUUGUUCCACGCAGUCGCCAUGGUCUUCCUCUUUGAGCUUCUGGACUCCAAAAAAGGCUGCCAACUUUGUGGCCUGGACAACAAAGGUGGCCCUGCCACUCGCUUUACUCUUUAAAGGUCUUCAGCGUCGUGCUACCAUGCGCCAUUGUCGAAGCAGGACCAGCCCUGCCUAUGGGAGCAUUCCAAAUCCUCGAACUCUCUAUGAUUUUCUGGGUGUCGACCAUCGUGCAGACACCUCGACCAUCCGAAAGGCAUACCUCGCGAAGCAGAAGAUGGUGCAUCCCGAUGUGGCAGGUGAUAACGCCCAGGAGGUGAGCAUGUUGCUGAACAGCGCUUUUGAUGUGCUACGAGAUCCUGAGAAACGAUCUGCGUAUGAUGCGAGUUUGCACAUCGACCCCCACGUGGAGGACGACGAUGAUGAUGGACCCACAUGGCCUUGGACCGCAAAAGAACGACGCGGAGAGAAGGUGAUCUACAAAGGACGCCCGCGAUCGCGUUCAUUGUGGGAGAGAGUUCCAGACGAGGAUCGUGGUGACAGGUGGGAGCAGCAAAAGUUCCUGUUCAUUGAUGAGUUGAAAUGUAUCUCUUGCUGGAACUGCGUCGAGUGUGCUCCCAAAAGUAUUUGCAUGGAUGCCGACCAUGUGCGAGCCCGCGUGUAUGCUCAGUGGGGCAACAGCGAAGAUGACUUGGAGUGGGCGGUCAAAUCCUGCCCAGUGGAGUGUAUCUCUUGGGUGUCUCGCCAAGAGCUUCAAGUCUUGGAGCAUGUCACUGCGGAGCACAUGAACUCGAUGGGUUGUGUUCGCCACAGGCCCUUCACCAAGCCGACACACUUGCCCCACUUGGCGGAGAAAUGGGUGGAGCGGCGAAGGCGAGACUCGGAGAUGGCUCGCAAGCGAAUGGCCUUGGCAUCGAAGCACUUCAAUGUGACCAUGGAGCAGUUUCAGCAGCAGCUGCGCAGCGCAAUGUUGAAGCUGCCUCCAGACUUGCGUCAAGCAGCAUUCAGCUGAGAAGGAUUGGAUCUUCGCUGCACGGGCCGCGGUCAUCGUUUGACCAACUUCAGGCUAGUGCAGCGAAGAUCACAGAUCGCUGAGUGAACAAGCUGUUUCCAUGUCGGGUGAUCAGAUUUGGAGAUGAGUCAAAAC